CGCGGAAUUUGAUAGAAUCUCCCGGUGUCACAUAAAGCGAGGAAAAAUCCAAAACAGUGGCUAAAAAAGUGAGAAUCCUGUGGAAAAUACCAACCAGGGCGAGUCUAAAGAGGUGCUGAAGAAAAAUGGGUGAUUUGGAGAAGGAUAUCUUCGAUCGAAUCUCGAAAAAUGAGGUGACAGAGCUGAAAACGCUGCUGCUGGAGCUGAAGUCUGGAGUGGAUUUUGUUGAUGAGAACGGAAUGACACCUCUUCAGCACGCGUGCUACAAGGGCAACAAGGAAAUCGUGCAGAUGUUCCUGGACAGGGGCGCCGACGUGAAUGCCAGCAAGCACGAGUACAGCUACACAGCUCUCCACUUUGCCGCCCUGUCCGGAAACGUGGAUGUGUGCCUGCUCCUCCUGCACGCGGGCGCCAAUGCCAACGACACGAACUCCGUGGGCCGGACGGCGGCGCAGAUGGCGUCGUUCGUGAGCAAUCACCGCGUGGUGGCCGUGAUCAACAACUACGUGCCAAAGCAGGAGAUUGAGUACUACACGGUGAUCCAGGGCCAGCAGACGGAACCCUACCUGCCCGCCGUGCUGCUCGACUCCUUCCACAAGUUUGUCAUCCAGGUGAACAUGCACCCGGUGAAGAUCGCCCUCACACUGCAGCGCCUCGGCGGCUUCGCCGACAAUCUCAAGACCAUUCGCAAGGUGCUGGGCUUGAUGUCAGAGCACGAGGUGCAGCGCAAGAGUGACAUCAACGAGGCGAUGUCGUUCAAGUUCCACUACUUGGGCUACGUGGUGAGUGAGAUUAUCAAGUGCCGGGAGUACUUCCAGGCGCGCAAGGAGGCCGGCAGCGAGAUGAAGAACGACUUUGUGGAGUUGUUCGCGAAGCGGGUGCUCAAGGAGGGCAAGCAUGGCAUUCUGGACUACCUGGAGUGGAUGAUCAGGGAGUGCGUGAGGGACUUUCCCUUCCGUGAGUUCACAAUCUUCAAGCAAAUCGUGAGUCAACUGGCCAACAAGGACAAUGAAGGAGCCGCUCUGGAUGUUAUCAAGUGGGCCAUUUACGGUCAGAGAGGAUUUCAGGACACAGUGACGUAUUGCAGUUCGUGUGGUGAGGAGAAGCCAGACAAGAAGUGUUCUAAGUGCAAAGAGGUGCAAUAUUGUGAUAGGGAAUGCCAGCGACUUCAUUGGUUCAUGCACAAGAAGACAUGCACUCGCCCAGAGGCACUGGCGACCAAUGCGUCCGGCGGCGGACCGUCGAAAAAGGAAGUCGAUGUGGAGCACAUCAGUAGUGAAUUGCAGAAUUUAAUGACCAACUAAUAAGUGAAUAAGGAUACCAAGAUUUUUUUCUGUGUGUGUGAGUAUUUUUGACCUUUCCGUUGUAAUGCAGUUGUCCAUAUCAUGGAUCAUCAAGUGGACGGCUGGCUAAAUAUUCUACCUGGCGUUCUGUCUUUACCGGCAGAGGAAAGAGAGUAGACAAAACACAAAAAAAAAUUGUAAUCAUAUAAAUAAUUAUUUUUGAACCCUGAAAAAAGAGAACAGAAUUGUACAGAAGGUUUAAUCUUCGCAGAAUAAAGUUCUUAAGGG